AUACAGGUCGUUAAACACAAUUCAGUCUAAAUAAAUUGCUCAAGCUCCGGAAGUCCUAACGACAUAGAAUAUUCAUGGUUAUCAAACAGAAGAACAACGUUUGGUAAUGUUACGACUGUAAACAGAGUAGAGAAUAAUGGCCGAUAUAUAUGUUAUGCAAAAAACGUCUUAGACCAAUCAAAUGAUCCACCAGUGGUAAGAAGUAAAAACAACCGAAGUAUUUUAGAAGGAGAUACUCUGUCAUUCCCUUGUCCUGUAACAGUUGGUAACCCUUCAAUGACAUCAUUCAAGUGGACAACAUCAGAUGAUACCAGGAUAUGGAACACGCAGAUCCUAACAAUUGUUAAUGUGUCGAGAAAUGAUGCCAUGCUUUAUUCGUGUGAGGUCGCAAACGUUAUGAAAGAAACUGGGAAAUUACUACAAAUAUCUGUUCCUGACAGUAAAACGUUCUUUUUGAAUGUAAUGUGUACGUUGUGAAAUCACAUUUACAUAUUUUUUACUUACUUUACAUAAAUAAUAUAAAGCACUUCUUCAUUGAAACUAUGCAAGUUACAUGUAAUCAAAUACAAACUAAAACACAUUUUAUGUGAUAUUAAUUUGCUUCACAACAAUUUCUGAUGUCUGAAAUUUCAAAUAUUAUUUUCAUUAAAAUAUUCACUUACAAAUGCAUAAACGUUUUGUUAACAUCUUCUAUUCUUUAUUAAAAAAAUUUUCUAAUGAAGAUGAAACAACUGUAAAGGAAUUUUUUGUGGCUGGAUUUGCCGAUAUAAAGUCAGUAACAGUUAAGGAAACAGAAAAUGUGCAUUUGCAUUGCAAUGCGGAAAGCAACCCUAGAUCUGAUAUUGUCAUUAAAAAUCAAACAGGGUAUGUCAUGAAAUCAGGUUCUGAUGUGAACAAUUUAAACCAUUUACUGUUAUCAGUUACCUGUCUCGACGCUGGAACUUACACGUGCUCAGGAUCAAAUGGCUAUGGUACGAAGGAAUCAAUGAAACAAUUCACACUAUAUGUAAAAUGUGCACCAAUGCUGUCUCGUUAUCUACAUAUCAAAACAGCUAUUAGGACGGCUGAGCAUAAUUCUGCAGUAUUUACAUUUAAGACAGUCGCGUAUCCAAAGCCAUCUAAAGAAGACUUUUAUUGGUUUAGGUGGUAUAAUAAUGAAUGGAAACCCCUGAAGAAUAACACAACAUUUCGAUUAGACACUGAAGCUUUAGAGUCAAAUUUAACUGUUUAUAACGUGAACAAGACCGUGUAUGGAAUAUACAAGCUUAUUGUAAAGAAUACUAUGGGGCAGUAUGAGCAAAUGUUUCUUCUACAGCCUGAAGAAGUAAAGAAUUUUUGAUUUCAGAGAGCCAUCUUCAAAGCAGUUGUCCCGAAUCAUUACUAGUCUAUCAUUACUGGGGUUGUUCUAGGAGUAGUUAUCGCUGCACUGGCACUAUAUGCAAGUUAUUUAACAUUGUUGAUGAAAAGAACAGGUUUUCACGAAGGGUUCUAAAACUAAUUUUAAAGAUCAAUACAGGAGACAAACUAGGUUCAACUUGUUUAAUAUACAUAUCAAUAAAAACUCCGAAACUAGUUUAUUACAAUAAGUGCCAUUUGAAAUUGAAAUAACACAUACUGCAAUGACUAUUAACUACUGUUUAUUAGAUGAUGAGAAAAUGUAUCUUUAAAGGUUAUAUUUUAGUAAA